CCCGCGCGACGGCUGCUUCUAUUAUCGUUCGCCGCGCUUAUUCCUUUCUCGCUUCGUUCCCACGAUGUCAGGCCUCGCGCCGACCUGACUCGCGAUCUUUAACGGGAUUACUCGUUAAAGACUCGCGGAAAGAGAUGGGGCGCAAAACCGUGUGCCUUUUGCGACCGAUUCUCGGAAAUCGCACGGUCCACCCUAAGGAACAACUUUGCGCGAGUUAACUAAAUCUUGCACAGUAGUUUUCCUCUGUUUGAACGAGUUUGUUAUCAAUACGUUGCUAGACAGUUCGUAUGGUUCGUCGAAACGCAUCCUAGCCGUAUGUGAAAUGGGUAGCGCGUGGUGGCAGUGCGCCGCAUGCUUGAGAGCGCAAGAAGAGGACAUCUGCGAAUUGCAGCUGAAUCACUGCAACCUCUACGACGUACCACCCGAUGUGUUCAUAUACGAAAGGACAUUGGAAAAAUUGUAUCUCGAUGCAAAUAGGAUAAAGGAUUUGCCAAGGCCAUUAUUCCAGUGCCAUGAAUUGCGCGUGCUCUCUCUUAGCGACAAUGAAGUCAGUACGUUACCACCCGCCAUAGCAUCUUUAAUUAAUCUGGAGUACCUAGAUCUCAGUAAAAAUAGUAUAAAGGAAUUACCGGACAGUAUGAAGGAGUGUAAAAACCUUCGAUUCAUAGACAUAAGUGUUAAUCCUUUUGAAAGAUUCCCAGAUGCGAUAACGCAUAUUGUCGGUCUGCGAGAAUUGUAUAUUAAUGACGCUUAUAUUGAAUAUCUGCCAGCCAAUUUCGGAAGACUCUCGGCUCUCAAAACGCUGGAAUUGCGUGAAAACAAUAUGAUGACGUUGCCGAAGAGUAUGAGCCGAUUGGUGAACCUUCAGAGACUCGACAUUGGUAACAAUGACUUUACCGAGUUGCCUGAAGUCGUUGGGGACCUGAUAAAUCUUACCGAGCUAUGGAUAGAUGGGAACGACAUUCGUCGAAUUCCUGUAAACAUAGAGCAGCUGUUCCGACUGAAUCACUUUGACUGUACAAUGAAUGCAAUACACACAGUUCCAUCGGAAAUCCAAGGCUGGAGAGACAUAUCCAUAAUGAAUUUCUCAUCAAACGAGAUUUACCAGCUACCCGAUUCAAUUUGUUACCUCCACACCAUGGUGACGCUUAAAGUCGAUGACAAUCAAUUGAAUGCACUGCCUGAAGAAAUUGGUCAGAUGUCAAGCUUGGAGGAGCUGAUAGUUACUAAAAACUUCCUGGAAUAUUUACCGUCUUCUAUAGGGCUUCUGAGGAAGCUCCACUGUUUGAACGCCGACAAUAAUUAUCUAAGAUGUCUGCCACCAGAGAUCGGAAGCUGCACCUCGCUCUCCUUGUUGUCGUUGAGGUCGAACAAUCUCACGCAUAUUCCACCUGAAUUGGGCCACUUGUCUUCACUGCGAGUGCUCAACCUUGUUAACAAUUGUAUUAAAUACUUGCCGGUGUCCAUGCUGAACUUGACAAAUCUUAAGGCGUUGUGGCUAAGUGACAACCAGAGUCAACCAUUGGUGCCAUUGCAACAAGAAUUCAAUCACGAAGAAGACAUCAUGGUGCUAAGCUGUUUUAUGCUACCGCAGAAACCACGACAGGAUUUCGAACAAAUUGAACCAGUGGGUCCAGUGUCUACCUCCAUUAUCGGAACCGGAAGGAAAAUUUGUUUCGCUGCAGAAGUCGAAUCCGAAGUUCCCCGACAACUCCAUCGUGCGCCUACCCCAUAUCCCAAGGAAUUACGCAAUCUUGCCAGGCACGCACGAAACCUGCACCAUCAGUCUACCCACGAUCAAAGAGAAGGCACAAUCAAGGAGGCUGUCGUUGCCAAAGCCACCGCUAGUCUGGGUAUCGUCUCAAAACCUGAGCCAGUCACGUUGAACAAUAAGGCUGUAGAACACGCGGAUUCAGAGGAGUCGACCGAAGAGCCUGCCAAAAUUAUACUCGCCAAGGAAAAAAAUCCAGACAUCCGAGAAGCGAAGUGCGUUCGCAAUCCAACGUCCGAGUAUCUCACGAAACAGCCCACCAUCGCCGACUACGUGAAUUCCACCUGGAAACCUGACGAGUAUUCGAAAGCGAACACGGCAAAAAUCGUGGAAUCCGAGAAGCUCGCCGAGCCCUACAGAAGCAUGAACUCGUCGGACGGAAAAGGUGCCGAAAUCACAGGGUCUCUACCGUACAAAAUAAACGAGACACCUCUAUCUCCGCCACCUUAUCACAUAGCCGCGGCGUUCUCCAAACAAGCCGCUCUCUUUCAACAACUCAACCAUGCACCGACACCGGAAAACCAUUCACCAGUUCCAGCGACCGCAAAUAACAUAUCAAACUCCGAAGAGGAGUCCUUACGCCAUGCCCAGACUGCACCUCCACAGCCUCUCUCUCCCGAUCUCGGAAGCAAAGGAUCGCCCGAAGCGAGCAAUGGGAAUGACUCCGAAACUCGAUCCAACGAAUCCUUCUCUCCCGACGAUCGGCAUUAUUUGGAUAAAUCUCACGACCAGCUAUCUCGCGACACCGCCGACUCGUUCCAGACCCCACCGUCGGAGCUCCGGUAUCCCGACUCGCCCAUCGAUCGGGAUCGUUCUCCGAAACCGAGCAAAAUUCCCGUGUUGCGAUCCAAACACUCGGACGGCUCGGCUUUCGAGAACGAGAGCGAGAACUGCACGGAAACACCGGAGGAGAGCGAAAGGCCGAAGACUCUGAGGGCGUCGUGCAUCCCGACUUCGCCCAUCACAGGAAAGAAGUACCGGAGCCCCCUGACCUCGCAAUCGAGGUCCUCGGACCGCUCCAAGAGGUCUCUGCUCAACGGGUCCAGCAUCGAUGGAUCCCUCGACAAUUCCUUCAAAUCCUGCGACUCGAACGUCUCCACGCCGACCUCGAUAGCUAAAGAUCCUCGAGACGGCAUCAAGAACAAGCAAUCCGACGACGGUCUCUUGACCCUGGCCCCGAAGAACUCGAGGUCGGCGAACGAGGCCGAUUCCGGAAGAAGCACUCCGGCCUCGCCGAGCGCGAAACAGCUGGACGGUACGGGCUCUGUCAAAGUCUCCAAAUCGAAAAUCCCCACGUUGAACGACUCGUCCAGCUCGGAAAGAAAGCCAAGGUUUAAGUGGAUGUUCGGGCCGCAUAAGAAUGCGAACGUGUUCCCGGUACAGGUAAGGAAGAAUCCUGGACUAGGCUUCAGUAUCGCCGGUGGAGUAGCAGGGGCUGAGACGGGAAUCAUCGUGACAAAGGUUAACCCAGAGGGACCGGCGCAGGGCACGCUGAGGCCGGGUGACAAGAUUCUAGAAGUCGACGGCAUAGACUUGACAAAGUCGGAUCACAACGAUGCCGUCGCCGUGUUAAGGAACACCGGACCGGUGGUGUCCAUGAUGAUCAGCAGGCACCAGUGAUUUUUACCCGAGAGUCCUGCAAGCGAUUCCUCGAUCGUAUGUAAUUAUAUAUACAUGGCGUGUCGCGCAACUUUCAAGCGCCGGAUUGACACUUCUGUCUAGACUGAGUAGCGUACUUUAUUUAGGAUCUUGUAUUCCAGUUAUUUAUGCGAACGAGGACGGAUGAGAGAAAUUGGUUGUGCGACUGCGGGUUACGUGUCGAGUCCGUACCGAGUUGGAAAGCGCGAAAAAUCGACCCUCCGGAAAAGAAGGUCAUUUUUCAGAAGUCGCGGCCAGACUUUGUCCGGAGGGCUCGAAAGCUACGGAAUCGGAUUUCGACCCGCGAUUCUCCCGGUGACCUUCUUAGGGAGCUUUUGAUCCGGUCUUUCGUUUGAUCUACGUACGCUCCGUUAUUGGAACGAGGGAAACUAGGCCGGCAUUUUGAAUUUCAGCCAAGAUACGUGUAAUGAAAAGGUGCGUUGACCGAAUUUAAGGCCCGGCAUCCAUCUCCGAGUCAAUACCCGCUUUGGUUGAAAAGAGAGCGUAGGAACAAAUUUUACAGAGCCGCUUUGGACAUUGUACAGUGCACUUGCACGCCUCGAUUAUUUUUCGAUCGCGCGUUUCGAUGGACUUUUAUACAGGAUUUUUCGGGGUGUCGAGCUUAUUUCGCGUUAGGUUUAGUGGCUCGCGGAAUGUCUGAUCUUCGCGGGAGAUGGCACCUGGACGGAGGGGUAUAUCAAAGUAGAAAAAGGAAAAUCCAAACUCCGCCGCCAAGGGCCCCUGGCUCUUCUCUCAAAAACCGGAGUUUCGAUUUGGACGUUAUUUUCCCGAAAACCGAGAGUUUGCUUUCGGCCCCCGACCCGAUAAUACGAAGCGCACAUUCUUAGAUAUUCCCCACACCGUGUCCGCAAGUCAGUGUCGUUAAAUCCGUUUGUUCUCGUUGUUUUCAUAAUUCUAGGUAACGAUGUGCCAGAAAAGCUAAAUACUAUUUAUUACUCGUAUACAUAAAAGAAGUGUAUAUACAUAUAUACACAUAUAUAUAUAAAAUAUAAAUUUAUACGAGGUAGUUGAGCGAUAUAUCGGUUAGGUAAAGAGAAAGGAAAUAUUCUUCUAUGUGCUGUACUUUUAUCAAGUGAUGUUAUCGUAUACUUAUCGUACCGUUGUUAACCAUAUUAGACAUUUUACGACCGGUUGCAUAAUUUCGACCGAUUCCCUUCGGAUUACUCUAACUCUAAUUUUGUUUGCUCAAUGCUCGCGUUGCCUCUGUAUUAACGUCCAUGAGGAGGGCUCGUCCUCUCGUAACGCGAUUAUCUUGCGAGUUUAGCCAUUUUACCUGCGCGCGACCUUUUUACUUCACUUUCCGUUCAUUUUCGCCUUUCCUUCUUAGUCGGCCAAGCCGCGUAGCUUUAGGAAUAUCGCCCGAAUUCCGGGGACAUCUUCCUUCGUGAGUAUCGGUUGCCAAACAGUCAUUAACAGUGCACAAUGCCUGAGGAUUAUUAUUAAUAAAUGUGUCGCGGUGUAAGAGCUCGAUCGAAGCUGCUUCUUCUGAAAGAUUAUCGAGCGGUGGUUAAUAUACAAGUGGGAAAAAUAUCUAUAUAUAUAUUUAUGUAUAUUUUAAUUUCAGAAGGAAGCAAAACGGCGCGUCUUGUGUACCGUGUUAAAUGUUCGCGUCCGGCGACGUCGAUCGGACGCGCCACGAGAAGCUCUAUUUUAAUAUUGAAUGUUUUAGGGCCCUCUUUUAGAUAUUCACCGUGUUCCGCGGCAUUCCACGCCCGAAUUUCUUACCGUCAAUUUCCCGUUACGGGUCAAACGGAAAACGGGAUAUCCGAAUAAUUCUUGGUCUCGAUAAAAGCCGAGAUUCGUUCGUGGCGUCCGCGUGGGACAGAAAACGGGGUGGGUCGGAUUUUAUCUGGCCCUUUUCUCUUCGUUUAUAUAAAACUCCUGUACUGACCCACUCUGCUGGAAAAUCCCCCCUUCUCCGAUAUUUUGUUACGAUCGUGCCUAAGAAAUUGUAAAUUACGCGAGCGAACCCGUCGAGGCCAGUGAAAUCUAAAAAAAAAGCACCACCUUCGAUCUCGGAGCGUCGAAGGUUCGAUACUUUAAAACUAUUUUUCGUUCCGUCACGCAUACAGCUGGAGAUCCUUUUAUUUAUUCCUGAGACUAUUUACAUAAGUUAUUUCGAGAAGAGAUAUUUUUUUCACGUUUCGAUAAUACUGCCUCGAUGGUCGCUCGCGAAUACCUUGCUGCAGCAAUAAAAAAAAAAAGGAAAUAAGAAAGCCAAUAAAUAAUGGCAUCGGCGUUUACUAUUAGACGUAAGUCGAUCGACAUCAUACUUGAAUGGUCUUGAAAAAUAGCUUCCCCGAUCGUAGAUUACUGUUAAAUAAUCGACUUCAGGGUUUACUCGAGAACCCCGAUUUUGAAUUACAUUCGCAGAGCGAGGGAUCGGUACGAGCCCGAUUGUUGUAAUAAACGGUAGUCUAAUUCCCGAUCAGCUGUUCCGCGUCGACGGAGCCCUUGAGGCCAUUUAAUCCAUAACGAGCGCUAGAUUAAUUUUCAUAAAAGAUAGAGAAGAAAAAUAACAAGGGGAACGGAAGAAUACCUGAAAAAAGUAUGAUCGAGACCGCGGUGGGUGAAAAAGCGUCGCACUUAUUCAAAAAUCUAGGUUCCUAGUCAUGCCGAACGCGCCGCGAAACGCAUUUGGCGCGAAACUCCACCGAAUUUCUUGAUGAGGUGCGAUUGCGAAUAACUAACGAUUGUAUACGCUUUUCUUUCCUUCUAAUCCCUUUUUAAGUGCCUUUAAUUUGUUUGCGUAGAGAGUAAAUUAAGCCCGUUUCGUUGGUUCCCGACGUAAUUCGCACCUUUUUCUCCAAAACGAGGCGAUUGUAGAAUCCUUGUUAAAUGGAAAAGAGUUAACGAGUUUCGCAUUCGAAAGGUCGUGAAAAUACCGAGCGACGUAUCGGCGCGUUCUCGCGCGAACCAAACCGUUUGGCUGCUCCUUUUCUUCCUCGCUCCUUCUUCGAGGUGUUUCCUUUUCCCCCGUUCUUCUCUUCCGAGCGAAAGGGUACUCGAAAAAAAUGCAAGCACAAAUCGCAUUUACACUGUGAACACUUCGGACCAUGUAACGUGUACACACUCUUUCUACACUACUCUUUAACCGAGCAGACUGAAUAUGUUUUGGACACUUUGUAUUUAGCUCUAGUACGUUAUUAGAUGAAGUAAGUACGCGAACCCGCGAGGAGGAGCGCAAGUGAUUAUACGAGUAAAAGGAAAAACAAUAAAGUAUAUGUACGGAUAAA